AGCUAUUUUUGAAAAUGUUUCUGAAAAUGUAUACAUAAGCUUUCAGAUUUCAUUUGAAAAUAUAGGAAUCGGACAUUGAAAAGUGACAAAUGGUUAAUCUCCGACUUAUCGCCAUCACCAUCCUCCUCUCAGCCGCAACAGUUUUCUCCCGGCAGGGCCCUUCCAUGGCGGUUAUCUUACCGGUGGCCAAAAAUGUGAACUCCGGCUUCUACACUGUCACCAUCGGCUUCGGCACUAAACCGACAGUGUCGACCGAGUUUGCCCUAGACCUCGGAGGAAGGUUCCCGUGGUACGAGUGUUUCACCCCUGGCUACAACUCCUCCUCCUACCGUCCAAUCCGCUACGGCUCUCCCAUAUGCAAACUCGUCGAGGACACCUCUUCAUUUGACUGCGCAGUAGGAGUUCCUGUCAGUCCAGGUUGUUCCAACCAUUCUUGUCAGGUCGUUUCGUACAAUCCAAAGUACGGCAUGGGUUCUGGCGGUGGAUUGGCUCAAGACGUAAUGAACUUCAUAUCAACUCCUGACGGCUCUAGCCUGAUCGGUUCCCCUUUGGUAUUCGCCUGUCCCUCUUUCUAUUUGAUCCCCCCGACCGACCCUUCUCGUGGCAUGCUCGGUCUGUCGAGGCACGUGCUCUCUCUUCCCAUGCAGCUCUCGUCCGCCUUCAAGAUUCCGCGUAAAUUCGCUCUCUGCCUUCCUUCCAAGCCCAAAGAAGCUGGCUAUGGCGACCUUUUCAUCGGCGGCGGCCCUUAUUCCCUUCCUCCUCUCUCCGGCGACGCUUCCCGUCUCUUCGACACCACCCCCCUGCUCGUCAACCCCGUCAACGAAAGGUACAAAGGCGUACCCUCAUACGAAUACUUCAUCGGCGUGAAAUCCAUAAAGAUAGAGGGAGAAGCGGUUCCUCUAAAGAAAUCUCUACUCUCGAUUCGCAAAGACGGGAGCGGUGGGACCAAACUGAGCAUGGCCAGCCCCUUUACCUAUUUUCACCCUUCCAUCUUCGAGCCCUUCUAUGAAGCCUUCAUGGCGAAGGCCACGGAGAAGAAGAUGGUCCAAGUAUGGGCAGACGACACUACGUAUAUCACGUGUUUCGACAAGAAGAGCAUAAGAAGAAGGGGAACCCACGGACCGGACGACGUGCCCGAGAUCGAGCUUGUGCUGGAGAGCGGCGGGAUAUGGAGGAUCUAUGGCUCGGACUACAUGGUGGAUCUCGAUGAACGCAAGACGUGUCUGCAGUUGUUCGACGGAGGGCCAGACGCCGUGGCCGGGAUCGUGAUCGGAUCACAUCUGUUAGAGGAUAAUCUGAUAGAGUUUGAUCUGGAAUCCUCCAGGUUCAGUGUCACUUCCUCGCUUCUAGUUCAUAACACUUCUUGUUCUCGUUUCAUAACUGCUUGAUUAGUUGGUGUUGUGUUUCAUGCAUGUCUCUCUCUAUAUAUAUGUAUAUAUAUAAGAGAUUUUUUUAAAGAAUUUACCUCGAUUUUGCCAAGUGUUUAUUAAA